AUGCGUGUCUCGGCCGCUUUUCUCCUGGCAGCUGCCAGCGCCGUCCAGGGAUAUUGGAUGGAGGAGAUUGCCCACCAAGGCCUCUCUCCGUACCACGAGGACCCGGACUACCAGGUCUUCCGCAACAUCCGGGACUUUGGUGCCGUUGGCGAUGGCGUGACGGACGACACGGCCGCCAUUAACAGAGCCAUCAGCUUUGGUGUGCGAUGCGUUCCUGGUGUCUGCAAGCAAGAGACGACGUCGCCGGCCACCGUCUACUUCCCACCUGGCACCUAUCUCAUCAAUGGAUCCAUCAUUGAUUACUACUACACGCAGCUCAUCGGCGACCCGACGGAUCUGCCCGUCAUCAAGGCCGCCUCGAACUUUCCCACCGAGUCGACGCUCGGUCUCAUUGAUGGAAACCAAUAUGGUGCCAACGGUCUAGCCUACGGCGCCACCAACACCUUCUUCCGCCAGAUUCGCAACCUCGUUCUCGACACUACGGCCAUCCCGGCCGAAAAGGCCGCCUUUGGCAUCCACUGGCCGUCUUCGCAGGCCACUGCCAUUACGAACUGCGUGUUCAAGCUCGCCGAGGGCGCCCAGAGCAAGCACGUCGGUCUCUUCAUCGAGGAGGGAUCCGGCGGUCUGCUCAAUGACCUCACGUUCGAGGGCGGCCAGUACGCCGCCAACCUCGGCAACCAGCAGUACACGGCGCGCAACUGGAAAAUCUCCAACGCCCAGGUCGCCAUCAACCAGCUCUGGAACUGGGGCUGGACCUACAAGAGCAUCCACAUCGACAACUGCGGCACCGGCAUUCGCAUGGUCGACAAUGGGACGGCUUCGAUUACACUGCUCGACAGCGAGUUCCGCCAGGUUGAGACGGCCAUCUCCACGGCUCGCGCGUCCAACACAACGAGGAGCUCCUCGGCUGGCACGCUCGUCAUGUACAACGUCCUCUUCGAGUCGGUGGCCGAGAUUCUCACCGGACCCCAGGGUAUCAUCAUCCCUGGUACCAACGGAGCGCAGACUGUUACGAACGCCGGAUUCGCCAUGGGUCACGUCUACGACCCCUUUGGCCCGAAGGUCUUCACUGGCAACGCGCCUGCCUACUUCCCCGCGCCGCCCGCUGUGCUCCUCGACGGCGAGGGCAAGUACUACGAGCGCUCGAAGCCGCACUACGAGGAGUACCCCGUUGCCGCGUUCGUAUCGGCCCGCACCUUUGGCGCCAAGGGUGACGGCAGCACCGACGAUACGGCCGCCCUCAACAAGCUCUUUGCCCACACGGCAGCCAGCGGUCUCAUCGCCUUUGUGGAUGCCGGCGCCUACUACGUCACCGACACGGUCUUCAUUCCCGCCGGGGCCCGCAUCGUCGGCGAGGCCCUGUCGUCGACGAUCCUCGGCGGCGGCCCGCGCUACAGCGACAUGAACAAGCCGCACCCCGUCGUGCAGGUGGCCAACGCCGGCGACAAGGGCAGCAUCGAGUGGUCGGACAUGAUCCUGUCGACGCGCGGACCGGCGCCCGGCGCCAAGAUUCUCGAGUACAACCUCCACUCGGUCGCCGGCGAGGCGUCGGGCAUGUGGGACGUGCACAUUCGCGUCGGCGGCUUCGCCGGCACGGAUCUCCUGCUCGAGCAGUGCCCGACGUACCCGAACCGGACGGUGGCCAUUGAGCCGUCGUGCUUCGCGGCCUGGGGCAGCAUGCACAUCACGCGGCCGGCGGCGGGCCUGCUGAUGGAGAACUGCUGGGUGUGGGUGGCGGACCACGACCUCGAGGACCCGACGUACCGGCAGAUCACCAUCUUCGCGGGCCGCGGCGUGCUCGUCGAGAGCGACGAGGGCCGCCUCUGGUUCCACGCCAGCAGCUCCGAGCACCACGUGCUCUACCAGUACCUCUUCCACCGCACGCGCGACGUCUACAUGGGCCAGAUCCAGACCGAGACGCCCUACUUCCAGCCGAACCCGCCGGCGACGGUGCCCUUCCCGCCGGCGCGCGCCUACCACGACCCGGACUUUGCCAAGGAGUGCGCCGCCGGCGCCCACCCGGACGCCGACCCGCGCGUGCCCUGCGCCAUGGCCUGGGCCCUCAAGAUCGAGGCGUCGCGCGACAUCAAGAUCUACGGCGCCGGCCUCUACAGCUUCUUCAACGACUACAGCACCGCCUGCUGCCAGAUCGGCGCCGGCGCCCGCUGCCAGCAGCGCCUCUUCGACAUUGGCGGCAGCCACGGCGGCUGUGUCUACGGCAACGCCACGGCCAGCGGCGUCGUCGGCUCGUCGUCGGGCGUCGAGGUCUACAACCUCAACAUUGUCGGCACGAGGGCCAUGAUCACCCGCAACGGCAGGGACAUUGCGUCGUACGACGACAAUAUCGCGGGGUUCACGGCGGGGAUUGGCGUUUACAGACACGACGAGUAG